AUGACGUUAAACUAUUGUCCUCUCAAGAAUGAGGAUUGGAUUGUUCGAGGCCAUUUUUGCAAUGGAAAUGGCAUCGAUGUCCGCAACGACGGUAAACUACGGGCGUCCGAGAUGAUGGAUCGUGCGUGGUGGAAAUCAAGGUUAUCCCCACGCGUCCGAAACAACGCUAAACUACUGGUCCCUUCAAGUAUAGGGAUUGUGCAUGGCGAUCUUGACAAGAUACUGCGCGUCCGCGACGACGUUAAACUAGUGCCCCUGGACCUAGGGGUUGUCAUUGAUGUCCAAUCCCCUGGACACCAAUGCGUCCGCAAUGAUGGAAAACUAUUUGCUCCUCACCAAAUAGGAGUUGUGGUUGUUGACCAAGACCAUGGUCAUCAACCGUCCGAAAAGACGUUAAACUACUCGUCCCUUUUAGUACAGGGAUCAUCGGUCGACAUCAUUCUUGAUGAGAAUGUGUCGACAACGUCCGAAAUGACGGGCCCUAUGCACACAACCGAUGGAAAUUCCGGCGUGCAGAAACAUCUUUCCCCACAGAUAUUCCAUGUUGAUGAUGAAGAAGCUGUGGUCUUAAUGUCCAUUCGUGCAAGCGAACAGGCCGAUCUGGAGAAGGAGUCAGACUCCUCCUUACUCCUCACGGCACCCUUCAAGUCUAAUUCUCUUCACAUCCUUGCCUCAAACCCAAUACGCAUACUCACCGGAGAUGAGCCCACCGUAUGGGGGCAAUACUGCUUGGGAUUUAUGGCUGCAACCUCACCGGAGAUGAGCUCACCGUAUGGGAGCAAUACUGCUUGGGACGUUAAGAUGGUAGUCUGGGGAACGAUCAACCUACUUGUCCGUGGACGCCAUCCUCUGAACGCCAAGAGGAACAACACAAAUCACGAGGAUAACGACUAUCCUGGAAACACUGAGGUUUGGCCCUCGGAGAAGGAAGAAGAAGAACCUGAUGACACGAACUGGAAUCCACAUGCUAGAGUUUCUAUUCAUCCACACACCACUCGCAUUCAUACGCCUUUCUUGACACCUGUCCGGAGACCGACCGGACUGACAUCCUGGCUUGAGAACCCAGGAAAGAUCACAACAACCGAGGGGUGA